ACAGAACAAGAUGAAAGUGAUAUAGCAUUUAUGUUUCGUCAAAUAAACCAACAGAUACAAGCUCACAGGCUCCUGCUAUGGCACAUCGUCAAAGGAGGACAAGUGUUGCGGGAGUAUUCAAUAUAGCAAUCGAGGCAAAUGACCUUGCGCAACUCAAAUUUGCAUUGAAGUUUCACAAAGCGAGGAUAAAUGAACAGGACGAGAAAGGGAGCACAGUCCUGCAUCGCAGCUGCCUCUCUGGUCAGUUAGAAAUGGCUCGGUUGUUGAUGGAAAAUGGAGCGGAGUUAGAGCUGCGAGAUGAGCGCGGAUGGACUUGUUUGCAUUACGCAGCUUUUGGCGGACAUGUCGACGUAGUAAACUUUCUAAUUAACUCUUGCGUGGAUGUAACAGCAAUGUCGCAAGAAGGUCAACUUGCUAUAGAUGUCGCAAAAGGAGAAGGAAUAGUUUUCCUUUUAGCUUCAGCGAUUCUUAGAGCUGGGAAAGAGCAUCUGCUUCUACCCUACAUGGACGGGUCAACAUCAAGCUUGGAAACUGAGAGUUUACAUUCCAGUGGUGAUGUUGAAAACUGCGAAAAUUGGACUCCAAAAGCUAAGAGAGCUCUUUCUGAGGAAGUUUUACGCGCAAGUCAGCAGUUUCUUGCACAGAGCUUUGGUGCGUAUGUAGAUGAGAAAUUCAACUUGAAUUCAAGUUUUGGCAAAAGUGGCGAUAAGAGUGACGAAAGCCUUCACGCUGCUCCCGAGAAACCAAAGCUCACAAAGAAAAAUUCAUGCCCUCGUCUCAAGAAUGACCCACAACCAGAAGAGGCACCUCGGAAGAAACCCCGCUUGAAAAGUUUUAAUUCGGCUUUCUCUAGCGAUGUUUUGAAGCGUUAUGCUGUAAGUGAGACAAAUUUGUUGGGAGAGCAAAGCGAUCUAAGUCAGAAGGAAACUGGUGCGGAAAUUAGUCGAGCUCCGAAUUGUUCAGACCUGAAUAACGUGGACUCAGAAACUUGGAUUUAUUCGCUGUGACGACAAGAAAGAAACAGCGGGCGGGAGGACCAGUGGCGACAAUUUAUUUCUAAUAUCACGGAUAAUGAACACACAGAAAAGUGUAUCGCAGCAUGAAAAGCGGAUACAACUACUUUACAACAUAAAGGACUUCUUAGGAUAACAAGAUUUAAGAUCUCAAAGCAGGCCGCUGAAACAUUACUUCACCAAACACUAUCUCCUUUUGUUUGACGUUUGUAAAUAAGUUAAUGAAGACACGAACUAACACUUCAAUCAAAGCAUUUCUUUAAGAGCAGAUGAGUUCUAGUUUGUUACUUAAUCGAUGUGUUAAUUUUGCAGUUCUAUUUCCAUAGUUCUAAGACAUAACAUGUAUGUUUUGUUUUCAGUAUGUUUGGUUGCCACGGAUAAUGGAGGAAGUAUUAGAAGCCUACACCUGGCUUUUGAGUUAAACACAUUUCUUUUCUAUAUUUAUAAAACAUUCCAGAGAAUCGACAUGUUUUUCAUGAAUGCAUCAGUUAAUUGACGUCGAUAGUAUAUUGAAAACAUAAUUAACAUUAGUAGUAUAAAGCAUGUGGAA